CGAUAAUUCAACAUGGCGGCCAGCGCGAAAGAUGAACUUGGUAAGUGAUUUUGCUACUAUUUUCACCGAUAAAUUUUACACCAGUCACGGUUAAAUGAUAAACAGAAGUCAAGGAAUGUGUUGCCAAUGUUUGUUAUUUAUAGAACUACUGGAGAGAGUUUUUCUUCGUAUCGCAUCAGCUGAAACAGAUGACCAGCUUGAGAAAACUGUGGGGAAUUUCUUGAGCCCCAUUUUGCUAAAAGUUGCAAGUCCACACCAGGAAGUCAAAAAUAAGGUGAAUGAAAGGGCAGUAAUUAUAUUUUCGUAAACUUUAUGGGUAGAUUUGCGAUCACUAGUCUUUAAUUAAAUAAAGAAUCACACAGUUGUUGAUUGAUGACACAGGAGCACUUUAAGGUUAAUCUUAAACUCAAGCUUACAAAAGCUUCAUUUCUUCUGAAUCUAGGUGAUGACUUUGCUGACCCAUCUCAACAAGCGUUUAAAAAGCCGACCAAAGAUUCGACUCCCAGUCGAUUCACUAUUUGCACAAUAUCAAGUGAGUUUAAUUUUAAGAUUUUUAUUUAUGCUGUGGUUCAAUUUUAUCCUUGGUUUAAUUUUUAUUUUCCCUUGUUUUUGGCUAUGGUAAUGUAUGAUUAUCAGUUUAAACCAAGGACAAAAUUGAACCACGACAUUUACAUCAAAAUGAUGUUGGCAAAUUGGGAAGGGGCUGGCGUGGAACUCACCUCUUCCUUCUUUUUUUCUGAACUCACACGUAUUCAUGUAUUCCAAAACUGGUGGAGUUUUAUAAAGUCAGGGUCCAAAAUUUAGGAGGGGGGGGGGGGGGGGGUGGGUGGGUUCCAAAUUUUGAUAUUUUGCAACCAUAUCUUGAUUUUUCAACAUGCCCCUACCAUUUUUGUUGACAUGAGGGGAAAAGCCCCAAAAAAAACCAAGUACCCUAUAAACACAUUUCCCAAAACGGGAAACUGCACCGAAAAAAACACUGAUGUUGCAAAUUGGGAAGGGGGGGGUACGCAACUCUCCCUCUUCUUUUUUGUUUCUUAACCCCACCGUAUGUAAGUAUUCCAAAACGGGUGGGGUUUUAAAAAGUCCGGGUCCAAAAUUUAGGGGGGGGGGGGGGGAGGAGUUGGUGAGUUCCAAAUCUUGAUAUCUUGCAACCAUAUCUUGAAUUUUCAACAUGCCACUAGCAGUAUUGAUGACAUGAGGGGCAAAGCCGCAACAAAAACUCAGGUCACUAUACAGACAUUUACCGAAACUGGAAACUGCACAUGAAAAGCUUCUGGCACCCAGGGUGAGAUAGCAACAUCUUACAACCUUAAGAUCUCGCAAGUUACAGGUGUUAUCUUACCACUUUGUUUUAAACCCCUUGCCAGUCACCCAUGACUUAUUCUCUGUGCAGUCAUUUUCAGGGUCAAAAUAGCAGCCAGCUGCCGGCACUUUGAACACACUUGCUGGCACCUUUUUACCGAAGAAAAAGAAAAUGUCAUGCUUUGAUUGGUCAACUAAAAUCAAAGUCGCUGUAAUGUUGUGAUUCCAUAUCAGACAAUAAAGCAGCCAAGAAAUGUUUGAAAAACGUUUUGGAAAAGUUUUAAAAUGUUUAGAAACAGUAGAAAAAGGUUUGGAAAUUUAAAGUGUGCUGCAAAAGUUGAAAAGGAGAAUUCUUGUUCAACGUACGCAUUUGUUCAAGAAUGAAACAUACAAGUUUGUCGAGACAGACUGUUGCGUUACUGCCUUUAUGUUUCUGCACGUGUAAUCAAGAUUUCUUUCACACAAAAGCUUGUUUAGUAUUGUUUGUGAAGCCUUUUCACUUAUUCAAAUCAGAGUCAGUUUUGUAUUCACGAAUUUCCCAUGUUGGUGCUCCGCCCUGGUUUGUGAGUGAAGAAGCAUGAUGGUUUGUUUUAUUUUGGCCGUUCAAAGCAUCUGUUAUGUGCAAAAUAUUAUCAAAAUCACUUAAUAUUUUCAAGUUUUCUCAAGAAAAACAGUGAAACUUCAAUUCAAAAAAAUUUUGGCCACGUACUAGGCAAUUGGUUCUUGGCAGAUUUGGUUAAAGUUAUUAGUGUAGCAGUACACACAAGCAAUCGCGGAAAGUGAAAAACAGUGAUUAUUGACAGCUGGGAAAAGAUAAGCCUUGACAAAAAAAACCCUACAGAUUCAGGCUAAAAGCUGUGAUUUUAUUUUGAACCCUGAUUUUACAUGUAGUAUCUUUCUAAUGACAGGAUUGACCUCUGAUCUGCGCUGAUUCAGUUGGUUAUGGUAUAACUGCUGAGUGUAAACUCUGUAAACUAAAGAAAUGUUUUCCCCUCCCCCCUCUACCCAGGCAGAAAAUAAUUUUGGCAAAUCUUAACAGAGAAUUAUGCAAUGUAAACUACAAAAUCUAAUUGAGGCAAUUAAUGUCAAUGGAUAAGUUGCUUGUUAACCCAACAUUUAAUGUGUUGAACAUCAUCUUGUAGGAUUCUUCAGUCCCUGCCUUUGUUUCUGUAAGUAGAUAAUAAUGUUUUAUUAGUACACAAAUUAAAAUCAAAUUCCUUUAAGCAUUGCUCAAAAGACUUAGAACUGAUAACCAUUAGCUUUCUGGUUCUUGGAGUCCCUUGCAUUACUGGAAGUGACAAGAGAUGCCAGUAUUUGCAGUUAACAGUUUGGUUUCUUUCUUCACCUAUCAUGAAUGUUGUAGCAUACUAGAAAUAAUAUUUAUAAUUGUAAUCUUUUGAUUGGUUUUUAAGUUGCAUAGUUUUAAAUGAACUCAGCGUCAGAAUCAAUGGAAGCACUGGGAAGUUUAGAAACAAAUGUCAAAUGCAAACAAACCACUGGAAGAUGUAACUUUGAAAAACUGAAAGAGACUCUAUCAAGAGACUCUAGCCUGUGGUUCAGCCAAACUUUGCACUUAUUUAAGACCUAAGAGAAACAUUUUUUCAUAAAAAUUAUAUAUAGUCUAAGUUUUUUUUUUAUCUAGGUCUGAAGUGAUAAGCCUGGCUGUAAUGCUAGCUAGAGACUGAUAAUUCUUUGUUUCACAGAAUUUUGCCAUCUUAUACUUAAGAAUGGGUUUCCCCAGACUGCCAAUUGACAGACAAGUGCAGUUAGCACCACAGCUAAUAAACUGCGUCAGUGGAAAACCCUCACCUCAACAAGACUGGUGAGUUGAUUAAUAUGGGCUCUCUUUUUAUGCAAUAUUAUUAUAAGGCUAUACCUGAUAACUUUUUGUGGCACCACAUAAAGCUAUCUGUGUAGUAUGAACAGCAACGGAGUGGGGUAGCACACGCCAUUCACGUACAUCGAACAUCAUGCCGGUACAUGCAGUUUGGAUAAGAUACCCUGGGUGCCAGAGACUUUUCUAGCCCAAUUUCUGGUUUCUGUCAAGUCUUUAUAGUGACCCGCGCUUUGCCACUCGUGGCUUCCACCUACGGCCGAAGAUGUGUCGGCCUUCGGCCAACACUGAAAAUUCCUGCCGCACUCGAGAAAAACCUCUGGUACCCAGCAGGGUUGUCACUAAGAUUUCAAGUUGCCGGGUAAACACAACAAGUAGGCAGGGAAUCAAACGGCUAGGGAUUUCUUUUGGUUCUAUUUUUCUUCUAUUUUCCAAUAAAAGUAGCUGGGAGCCACUCUCUUAGUAGCCGGGGAAAAUCCCCGGCCCCCGGCUCUUAAUGACAACCCUGUACCCAGGGUAUGGAUAAGAUCAAGGCUUGGUGCACUAAAUUCCAAUCCUCGCUUUUGAACAUUUACCCAGUGUGUUACAGUAUUCACUCCCACUUAUUUUAUACUUCCGUGAUGGGCCGAAUAGGCGUUCAAACUGCACCAAAUUAUGGCACAAUGCCUAUCUGAUAUGUGACACUCCACUUUCAAGAUUGACACUAAUUUUGGGUUAUCUUAAUCCUGCUUUAAACAACUGGUUCCUGAUACAGUAAAUCUUCCAAUUUUUAUCUUUGCUUUAUUUUUAGCCUUCUUCAGCUGGUUUUGCCAAUUUUAGGCCAAGUUAAGAUUCCUGAAUCUAAAGAAGACAGACAAAAGAUGUUUGAGUUCACAGAGAAACCAGAAGUCAUGCAGAUAUUAUUGGAUUUUCUUUUAGAUGUUCUCUUGAUGCCAUACAGGUAAAGUUUAUGUUAAAGGUGUGUUUUAUGUUUCAGCAUUACAUUUACAUUAAGCCUGUGUGUCUUCACAAAACUUUGAAUUGUGUUUCAUCUGAUCCUUUUCAUUACUUUGUUUACAGCACUACACCAAGGCAACCAAUAGCUCCAACUGAUUUACCUUCAGGAUCGAACACAACAGCAGAAGCAGACCAGUCUUCAGCUAUGACUUCUCAGUCUGUAGCUCCUCCAGGGCUGAGUACAGCAGCGGUAAAACGUGUCACUGCAGACUCGCCAUUGGAGCCUAACACACUGGAACAGGUGAUAAUAUGCAUUAGACAUUAUAUAUGUACUCUGGAAUUUGUCUACAAAUUUAGAAUUGCCUUGAAUAGCAAAAAAUAUUUCAAACUUUAUAGUGCUCCCUGUAACAUAGCACCUUUUUGCAGUGCUCCUCUUUUGGAAAGUGGAAGGGGUGCUUUUUGUAUUUUUCUAGUGCACAGAAUAUUUGAAUACCUUUUUGGGUGCACAAGACAAUGCCCCAAAUGACUCCUGAGCUAAUACCAAAUUUUUCUCUUAAUCCAGGCACACUAACUGGAGAAUCUAGCCAUUUAUCAGAAGUCUUUGGGGCUUUUCCAGGUUCCAUUUUAUUUUUUCAAAAGUGUCUGCCUCAAAGAAACGAUUUGAUUGUACUUUGUUAUUGUUUUUUUUCUCAGGUAAAGCUUGGAGUUCUCAAGUUUCUGGCUUCUGAUUUAUUUGAGGCAACUGAUGUUCUCUGUCAUUUCAUUGUUGCAACUGGAGACACUAGACAUAGGUAUGUUAUAAUACAUCGAGGAUAUUACAUGGCCGCGCGGAGAUACAAAAUUUCUCUUUGAGUGUUGAAAAAUAUUUCACUGGUGAGCGCAGCGAAUGAGUGAAAUAUUUUCCACACAAGAAGAGAAAUUUCGUAUCUCCAAGCGGUCAUGUAAUGUUCUAUUUAUUAUAUAAACAGCAAUGAAAUACUAAACCAUUUUACUGAAAGAGUGUUUUCCUACGAAAGGCGUGAUUUAUAAUGUAGCCAUAGCAACGGUGAUAUUUUCACAUGUGGAAAUAACAUGUAAUUUUCACGUGUAAAGAUAUCACAUUUUCACGCAAAAGCUCACCUGGUAUUUCAUUGGUGGUGUUUAUAUAAUAAAGCUGUAUAUUAAAUUAGCAUUGCAAAUUAAUAGCAGCACCUUGUACAAGAAGUCAUUCAACUGCAUAACUAAUAAUAUUAUUACUAACAGUUGAUUCAAUAAAUUAAACAAAAAAAUCUAAUCAAGAGUGAGGGAUAAAAUUAUAGAAAAAAUGUUUGAUCUCACAUUUCUGACAGUAUCUGUCUUGUUCAUGAAUCACCUUGGCCAUGAUCACAAAAAGGCCUUCACCUUGGGUCCUAGGUGAUCCCGUGAUCAAGAAGGGCAGAUGCUACUGAAAAAUCGGCAAUACCUUUUUUCUAUUUUUCCACUGCUAUUGUUUUUGACUUUGUAUUGCUUACAGCAGUGAAUCUGUUUGCCUAAUGGCAUUUGAUCUUGGUUUUGUUGAGGCAUUUUGUUUAUUUAUGUAGUUAUUUUCCUUUGUUCUGAUGUAUCAAACUAAUUUUUGCCAACAGUUUAACAGAUACAGGGGACUAUGAACUGAAGAGAAUUGCCAGGUGAGAGUGAUCUUCAAUGCUGUGCACAGCCACUUAUGCUCUUUCAUUAUGGGUUUCAUCCUUACUUUUGUUUUUCAAUUUAUUGAUCUGAUACAGGAUUGUAAGUGAAAAUUAAUUGAGUUCUUUUGUCGUCUUUAAAGAUCCACAGACUUUGAGAAUCCCAAAGUUGUAAGUAAGAUGUUUGGCAUCUUUCAGGGGACCACUACAGGAUCAACACAGCAGGUACAGAUUUUGAUAUUUUAUGAUGAUCUUCGAAGACCAAAAAAUAAAUGAAUUUUGUCUGUGCACAUAACUGUGAAGGGUCAUAGUGUGGAAAGUGGAUGGCGAAGGGGAGUGUGACUUUACUGGGUGCUGAGAAGUUAAGUUUCAUCAUGAGUACCACAAUCUCAUGGUGGAUUAUUAUUAUUAAUAAUAAUAAUAAUAUUAUUAAUAUUAUUAAUUAUUAUUAUUACUCGGGCAUAGGGUCAGGGUGGGGUCAGUGCUCAGAAACUUUGCUAUUGUGUAUCAACAAUCAGAGAAGUCUAUUGUUUUACUUUGAUAUACUGUAUUAUGUAUCUUUCUGGUAAAGGUUGCUAAUACCUUUUUAACAUAGCUAUUUAACCCAAAAGGCAACAGAAGUGACACCUGAUCAACGGAGGACUCCUGCUGGAGUGCGAUUGAAACAGAGAAUAUAUCCAUACCUUUUAAGGUCAAGAAAAGCUGCUGAUCAGUUUCCUGCCUGUCUGCAGGUACAUAAGCCAUAUUGCUUAACCUUUUAAGUCUUAAGAGUGACCAACAUCAAUUUUCUCAUAACAUUAUCAAUGGACAAUCAGUAGGAAAGGCUAUGAGAAUUGAUAUAGUGAUCACCAAAGAGGUAAUGCUUUGAUCUUUUUUCAAAUUCUCUCAACUAAUUCUUCAAUGAAAUGUAAAGACCUCAGUAUGGAGAAUUUGAAUGUGGAUAUUGCUGGGGCUUAAAGGAUUUAAGAUGUGACUUUCGAUUAAACAGUUACCUAUUGGUUAAAGGUGAAGGCCUUUAUGCCUUUCCUCUGCUUGUCAUUUGAUGAGAUAAUUAUUUCACAGACCUGUUCUGAAUGGUAGUGUGGAUUGUGAAAUUUUUUCUGAUGGCAAGCUGUAGUUUUUUCAUAUUGAUUGUUUUUCUUUUUUAACAUGCAAAGUGAACUGAGUCUUAAUACAACUUGAUAUGUAUGUGUACAAACAAUAAAAACAAGUGUUAGGAAGCUGUAGAGAAAACAGAAGAUUUGAAUGGUUUCCCUAAAAAUGACAUUGCACCAAGUCACAACUGACAGAACAUCCAAGAAACAAGAAAAAAAAGAAGAAAAAAUAAUUCCCUGCCAUUUAUAAAUGAUGUAAUGUUGACUUAACACCACAACAUAUGGUACAAGAAACUUAUUUGUCAAUGGUUUACUUUUCCUUACAUUAUUGUUGUUUUAAACAGAUAAUUUUUGACAGUUUGUUUGGAAAGGAGCCAAAUGCCAAACUGAGACUGUAUGCUGUUCAGUUUGUUCACCAUGUGUGUUUGUGGAGCUCAGACAAGAUUAUCACCAUGAUGGGUCCUGUGCUUCUUAAUGGAAUGACUAAACUUAUCAGUGAGGAUAAACAGGUUUGAGAGAGAGAAAACUCACUGUUUCUGAAUGUAUUUUGUGUUUGUUCAGUACUCUAAGAUCAUGACUGUACAAUAAACAAUAAAUGUUCUGCAGUGUGUAUCUCAUGCAGAAUCCCAAAAUACUCAAUAUGACCCAAAGACAAGGUUUGUAAAAGCUUUUAUAAUGACUUUGUUGGUUCAUUCACAGGAUCCAAAACUAAGAAGGUUGGCAUACACAGCAAUUGGAAAACUGGCAAAGUAAGUUUUCAAAGUUUGGUCAAUGUUUAGGAUCAAGUUCUUAAACCAUAUUUGCUUUUCAUGCUAUGUUUACUUUAAAAUCAGGCGAAUUCCUGUGCUUUUCUGCAAAGAUGUUGCGCUUAUUCAGAGGCUCUUUCAAGCUCUUUGCCAGGUUGGUAUGUCUGUGCUACCAUGAGGUGGUUAUUUAUUGUGCUUCAUUUAUGUUAUACUCAGAUGUCUUUUCAUGGUAAUUUAUUAGGACUAAAAUGUUUUGCUUAUAAAUGCCUUGUGACCUGAGCAAAAAUCUUGAACAUUCUUUGAGGAUUCUUAUAAAAAGUAUUUUAAAGCAGUGUUAUGCAAGAUCUUUAAUUUAUCCCUCUGUCAAGGGAUCCAUGGAUAUCAUGUUUUGUUUCCUGCUCUAACACCCAGGUGCAGAUAUUACUGUGAGGACAAGGAGGAGGUGGAACAUUUCAGGAUGUAUUUUGAUCUUCUGACUCUAUCUUCCAUCAUAUUGAAAGCUCCUCUGGUAUCCUGGCCUAAUAAUGAUGCCUUUUUUUCAGGAAGAGUCUGACACUCGCCUCGCAGUCCAAGAAGCUCUCUCCAUGAUGGCCCCAUCCUACAAGAAUACUGAUAGUACUAUCUUAGCCCUCAUAGAGGCACUUAUACUUAACUAUGUGCAGCAGGUACCUGCCUUUUACAAUACAAACAACAACUUAUCACUUCUAGAGCCAAUGAUCUGACUUGCCAUUAAAAAUCAUGUUCUAACCAGCAGCGCAAGAACAUGCUGUUGGUAGAGUGGACUAACCACCUUGUGUUGUGUUGAACUGAGUUGGGUAAAAGGCUUAGAGCAAGUGUAUCUAUAGACACAGUUAUUUGUUUCUGUAGGAUUGUCUCAGUUUAUACAUACAAUGAUAUUGAACAGUUUUAAAAGUCUUUGCUGAUAAGUCUCUCUUGAAAUUUGACCAUCUGUUGCCAAGUGAUGUGGUGAUAAAUUUGUCUUUAUUUUGUGGUUGUAAUAAUUAUUUCGCCUUUUUUCUGCAAGGAUACCCACCAAGCAAGACUUGUUGCUGUGCAGUUUGCCAAUGCUGUGUUUCCUCGAACUCACAUACCAUCACGAUAUGUGUGUAUGCUAGCUGUGGCUGAUUUGUAAGUCAUCACCUUAACAAUCAUACAUGUAACAUUAAUAUCAUUUUAAUGAAAUAAAAAGCCAAUAAUUGAGAACUACUUAAUUAGCAACAAGUUUCUUUCCCCAGGGAUCUAUGACGAGCCUUUUCUUAUACACCAAAAAAUGGAAUCAAUUUACUGAAACCCGGAAUAGAAAAGAUUUAACACCGUAAUAAGAUAGCCACUUUUUUCAAGUUUAGUGAAUUGUUCAUGGGUUGUUUGGAUCAUCCACAGUGUAAAAGGUUUUCAUUAUUUUUAAUUUUAGAAUUGGCAGCUAAAUUAAGUAAGACAUGUUCAAUAGCAGCAUAACUAUUGUUCACAGUUCGUCCUUAACUGGCUCCUUAUAUUUGAUGACUUCUAUGGUUCUGCCAAAGUAAACAUUUCAGAGCUUGACCACCGUCUUUGCUGUCCCUUUUCUUACUGCAGAAAAGAUGAUGUAAAGGAAGAAGCCAAAAAAGGAUUACGAGCAACACAAGUUCAUGACAAAGAAGCGGCCGAUAUUGACAACUCUGAGGAAAUCCUUCUCCCUGCUUUUCCUGAGUUGGUGUCAUUUGUGUCUCAGAAGGUAACAAACCCUAUGAUCAAAAUUUAAAUUCUCAUUUGUUGCUCAAAUGCAGCGCUUAUACAAGCAGUGGGGUGGUUAGAAGGUGAUAAAAUAGGAAGCAAAUUCAUCUUCUGUGAUCAUGUCUUUAUUUCUGAUCACCACUCUGUUGUGCAAAGCAUUGACAUUACUUCGAGACAUUUGACGUUUAAAUUUUUAACAAAGAAAGACUGCUUAAAUAGUAAUUUAAUUGCAUUAAAAAUGAUACUUCUUUCCAAUAAGCAAAGUUACUCUCUUGACUGAGCUUUGUUUUAAAAUGGAAUGAAAUGCAAAUGACCGUGUAAUACAGAGCAUGGUUAUGGAUAAUAAACACGACAGUCUAGCAGAAUGAAAGUGGGAAAAUCUAUUUUCCAUACACUUACAACAUCCUUUAAUCAUGAAAUCACUUAAAGAUAACUGUUGGAGAACCUGUUUUGAAAAAGGAUUGCAAGGACUAUUAAAAAUAAUGUUGUGUAAUAUAUCUUGUUGAUCUAACUUUAGAGCCAUCAAAGACUGAGAGGCAAACAUUGCUACACAGCUGGUACCACCGCACUACCUUUUAAUCCGCCUGUAUUUUCACAGGUAGGGAAAUUUAUUUGGGUCGGGUGAUCUUAGUAGUAUGAUGGAGACGUUUUAUUCCUCUUUUUUUUCAAAGAUGAUCAUGUGUAAACUAACUGAAAGCUGAAUCAUAUUACCUCACCACCCCCCUUAAACAGUAUCGUGAACAUGCCAACUUUAGUGCUUAGUCUACACUAUCAGCGCUCGUUUUUUGCCUCGGGAACUAGCGCGAACGCAAAAGUACCCGAAUAUGGGUGAAAUCGCCUCCUGCGAGGAUGUCUCCCUUCUGCGUGUUACCUCUCCUCGCGGGUGGAUAUCGCGUGUAUUUAGGCUAUUGAGAAGAUAGGUAUGCAUAUUAAUUGAUCCAUAUGGUCUUGGAAAGGAUGAUCAGCCUAGGUUAUGGAACUCAAGCUAUCUCCACACGUUCCAUUAAAACUUUAAAUGUUCUGGAGGUCUUAAAUAAAACGUUGAGCGCGUUGUCAGAGAAAACAGAGUCAGUUUUUUGUCUCAUACAACUUGUCUGGGAUGACGUAGUUACUCUUGAAUCCGAAGCCCCCACUUGACAUUUUGUUUGUUGCUUGUAUCAGGUUCUUUUGUAUUUGCAAAGAUGUCUGGAACACGCAGCAGGAGUGACUGAGAAGGACAGAGUCAAAAACUGCAUUCUUCCUUCUGUCGCUCGAUAUGUGAAAAAACUGUUAAUGGGUCCUGACUCAGAAGGUGCGUGUGAUCACUUUAAUCUGUUAUCAGAGAACACGACGUCUGGAAUAAAUAGAGAGGAAAAGAUGCAAACAAGGCUGAAUAAAGAAGCAACAUGCUCGCUACGAGAAAAAUCUAAAUCAAUCUUUGCAAAACGAGUUGUUCCUCCUCGUUAUUAGUUAGUUGGUGUAAAAUUACGGCCAUUUUUAAGACUCAAACGAAUUUUUAACGUUUUGAAUUUCAGAUUUUUCAUCAAGUACAAUGGGAAAAUAUAUUGAGCUUUCAAGACAAGCACUUCAGCCCAUUGGAGGUAUGUACCGAGUAGUGACAUCACAUGUUAUUACUUGUAACUCAACUUCUUGAGCUCGCUUACAGUUUCAUUUUGUUGAUUUUGAGGAAUACUGAAAAAGCUUUUCAUCCUGGCUAACUGUAUACACAGUGAUGUGCUAAGCUAACAAGAUGGCGAUAUUUUGGCGUAGUCUCAAAAAAUAGACAGUUUUUUUUGUACCAUGAAGUUAAACAUGUUGAACUUGUGUGCAACGCGUCGAGGAGACAAGUCUGCCUCUCAAUUUGUGUGGCACAAAUAUAUAAACGCAGAUAUAACGACUUGCUCCUGUAGCUAAUCAAUAAAACUUUUCCCCGGCACACGAUUUGUCGCCUCACUUUCUCGAAAUCGCUAGCUUUUCAUGACAAUCGUUGCUUUUUUUUAGGGGCUGAUCUUCAUGCUGUCGCUCUUUGCUGUCUUCUUCAAGUCAUUGCAGUGGCACCCAAACUGUUAGCUGGAAUAUUUCAUGAAAAACUUCAUUGGAUCAAGGCAAGUUAUUUUUUUUUUGAGAAACAGGAAUACAUGCAAAGUCACAAAAACUGAUGUACAGUUUUCAUUUGAACAGUCAAUUUUUACGAUUGCAUUUACAGCACAAUAAAUAGCACCGCAGGAAAGUACUUGAAAAGGAAAGUAUUUGAAUGGUCACAUUUAGGAUUUCGUUUAGUUAGGAUUACGUUUUGUAGCUGUAUGCGUAAACAGUACCUUUUUUUAGCACUACUGAGAAACUCAUCUGUAUGGACAACUUUGAGGAUACGCUUUGACACUACAACCACCUUUUACUGCGCCCACUAGCUUGCGAUUGUCGUUCUUUUUUUAGCUACAGCGUAGAAACCUUGAGACAGGUUAAACGUUAGCACGUGUCCUACGACAAAGUUGCAUGGUCCAUUAAUCGCUUUUAGGAGACCGUUCCAGACAUAUCUAGCUGAUUCCGAUGUCGCCCAAGUCGCGAUAUAUUUCUGUAUAGUCUCCGGAAUCUGGCCACUUCCAAUCACCAAUCGAGCGCAUACUUUUAUUUUGUAGAGUUUUACAUUCUCAAGUAGAGAAGAUGCCCGACAGUACGCUGGUCAGUUACUAG